AUGGAUUAUAUUGUGGUGACAUUUCACCAGGUCGCUUUGUACCAGUUGGCUGCAUUUCCAUUUGCCCUGAUGUAUAGUUAUCUCUGUUCCCUUGGCCAUUUGCCUAUCACACUCAGGCAUGUUUAUCUGCUAGUUGGAGGGAUUAUUUUAGCCUUCGUAUCCAUGGGGCCAUUUGCACUACUGCUCCUUACACCUGCCUUGGGCUCCAUUUUGCUGUUUCACAUAGUUAGCUGGAAGUCUGUUCACAGAUGGGCUUUCACUCUGCAGAUGUCCUGGCAAACCGGCUGCCACAUAUGGCUACUAUACAGAGAAUACUACUUACAAGAAGCUAUGACCACAAGGUUGUCAAUAAUGAUUUCAUCCCUUAUGCUACUAACUCAGAAGGUUACAUCUCUUGCCCUGGACAUUCAUGAAAGGCAAAUGACCAUAAUAAUACUUGAUGGUAGUUUGAUGAAGCAUUUUUGUCCUCAGGUUGCACACAAUAUUCUGAUCAUUCUUUCUUACUUCAUGUUCUUCCCUGCCCUGCUGGGAGGUCCCCUGUGCUCAUUUGAAACAUUUCAGCAACAGAUCUGCAAAUCUCAUAUGCCCAAUGGCUUGUGGUCCAUCUGGCUGGUAAUUAAAGGCUGUGCCUUAGCAGUUUUCCUGCGGAUUCUUCAUGCUUUAGUGUAUGAAAAUAUUAACUUGCAGUGCACCCUCAUGGACUGUGAACAACUAAACUGUAUAUACAUCAUGUGGAUUACAGCUUUUUUAUUUAAAUUGACAUAUUAUUCCCAUUGGAUAUUGGAUCAUACCCUUUUUCACGUAGCUGGCUUUGUAACUGAUGUUUAUCACAGUGUUGGCUUCUAUACAGACUUCUCUGAUGCUGAUAUCUGGACCUUGGAAACCACUUGCAAAAUCUCAGUGUUUGCCAGAACCUGGAAUAAGAGUACAGCAAGAUGGCUAAAAAGACUGGUAUUCCAACAUUGCAAGACAAGGCCAUUACUAAUGACAUUUGUCUUCUCUGCGUGGUGGCAUGGAUUCUACCCAGGACAAGUGUUUGGGUUUUUGUGCUGGGCUGCGAUGGUAAAGGCUGAUUAUAGGGUACAUAAUUAUUUAGAUACAUGCCAGAAAACCUGGUAUAUCCAGUCCCUUUGCAAAGCAUUUACCUGGGUUCAGACCCAAUUAAUAAUUGCAUUUAUCAUGAUGGCUGUAGAAAUGCGGAGCUUUGCAAUCGUGUGGGCCCUGUGCACCUCAAGCAAUAGUCUAUUCCCCAUUUUAUAUUGCGUUUCAGCAAUGUUCUUGUAAAA